UCGGCUGCCCCGGCAGGGAGAGGAAGUCUGCUCAGGCAGCCCGCACCACCACCACAACAUGAAUUUCACCACGGCGCUCCACAUCGCAGCUCUGCUCCUGAUGCAAGGGGAUUUUGCAGAAGCUAGCAGUGAAACCGUAACUCUGCAGGAAGGAGAGGACCUAAAUCUCAGCUGCACCCUCAGCGGCGAGGACAGUUCUGUCAGGCAGUGGCUAAACCCUCGUGGCUUCGCAAUUUUUCUUGACGCCCAGCGGGUUUUAAGAGAUCAGAGGUACAAACUUAUCCAUUAUUCAGAGGAUGAAUUAUCCAUCCGACUGUCUAAUGUAACAGUGCACGACGAAGGCGUAUACAAAUGCUUCUACUACGGCACCCUGUUCAAAGUCAAGACGACGACUGUUGAGGUGUUAGCUGCUCCUUCUAAACCUGUACUGGAAGCAUCCCAAGACACAGAAAGAGGCAUUAAGCUGUCUUGCUCUACUCGAGGAAGUAAACCACGGCCCCGGAUUACCUGGCUGUUGGAUAACGGGAUACAGCUUCCAGGUGACACUGCGCACAAGUUAGAAGCCAAUGGGGAGAAAUGGACCACAACCAGCACGCUGACAGUCCUCGCCUACGGGCCCAACUCAACAGCCAGCUGCCUCGUUCACCACAAAGCAUUAAGAGAAGAGAAGCUGGCUGUGCCUUUCCGCUUUGAGGACCUCCCUGGGACAGUGACAAACACAUAUCCUGCAUCAACUGCACAAGAGGUGCUUACACGCGCCUCUGAGCAUGAGCAGUCUACAGUGACCGCAACAGAGUCAGAUCUGGACGACAGUACAGACUUCUCCCCAAGCUACCCACAACAUAAUGGCUCCAACCAGCCAACCAUCCCUUCUGCAGUACCAGAGAAUCCAGCAGUUCUCAGCUCAGCAUCAACUACAACUCAGCAAAACCUCCAACCAGCUGUCACACCUACUUGGCACGAAGCAACGUCAGCUGCAGCAGGAGAGGAAGAACUGUCCGGUACCCCGCGUUACCAUGUCCCAAACGACACUGACACGGCAUUCAAUGGCACAGUCACAGAAGAGGAACUUCCCAGGACAGAAGCCUCACCCCCACGCGAAAAUGUAACUCAGAUUUCCAUCAUCACCUUUGAGCAAGAUGUGGUAUCUGAAGGCAUCCAAAAGGAGAAGGAUCUCCUGCUGCCAAGCUUGGUGGCUGUUCUGAUUUUCAUGUUGCUCGUCAUCGUUGUGCUUUUUAUGAGGAAGCUGAAAAAAGCUCAUGGAGUGUGGAAGAGAGAAAAUGAUAAUUCAGAGCAGACGCUGGAGAGUUAUAAAUCCAAAUCCAAUGAAGAAAGUCCAGGCCAUGAGAAGAAUGAACAAGUUGUCCAUCAGAAGUCCAACGUGCAAUACGUAACAGAAGGAUAUGCGGAAAAACCACAGAAGAAUCCAGGAGAGAAAAACAUCACAAUAGCUGAGAAACUGUUUACAUGUGGAAAGGAAACGGAUGUAUAGCAACGUGGUCCUUCUGGCAAACAUACAGAAACACCUCUGUUUUCUGGUAUUUAUCUUAGAGCAUUCACAAACCAGUAUGAUGUCAGGGAGCAGAAGUGCCAGUACCCUCAAUCCCGGAGCCAGUUUGGACUCUUUUCCUCCACACAGUAGGACAGGUAGAUGGGACUGCUGCUCCUACCAACCUAUUAGCAAUGAACACUGAUGUAGCUGUAGCUAUCAGAGGAUUUAAUUGAUCACUGCCAGAAUUAUGGCUCAUCCAUCCACCCUGAUUGCUAUCAGGGUCCUUGCAAGGGAGUACGCAAUUAGUCCCAAGGACCACAGGAUAUGGAAAUAUUCCUGCAACGCUUCUGCCACUCUGCAAGCACAGGACUGAGGAGGAAACCCUGGGAGAUGGAAACCAACUGGGACUUCUAUGAACUCAUUCUGACAGCCAGACUAUAUCAAACCAAGCAGGAAAGCACCCUGAUGUCUAAGGUGUUAAACAAAACAGUUGUCCCCCUUGGAAGUCUUAAAACAAGGGGUUGGCAAAGGUGAAGAGGAAGGACAGCGUUACACGUGGGACACCCCAAAUCCAGGGAGGAAGGCACUUGCCUGUGAGGGGGCAAGCUGCGAGAAUCACCACGACGUUUCAUCCGCAGAGCCCUGCGAUGCCACCACCGGGAAUCUUUUCGUUUGCAGGAGCCACGUACUGGGGUUCUGUACGAUAAAAGCAACUUUCAGAUAUAAAGGAAAUUUAUAUUCCUCUACAGAAGAAAGCUGUAUUUAUUUUUCUUGUGAGAGAUGAUUAUUUCUCAUCACAAGUGAGAACAAUGCUGAAAACUCUUUUUGAAUACUGGAUUAAAUAAAUGCUCUUGAAACGA